CUCCGUUUGCGUAAUAUUAGCAAGUGAUUUUGGAGGGAUUGACGCUAUUAAAUUUUAUUUAAAUCUCAUGCAUGUGAAGUAGAAAGUGACAUCUUAUUUAUUCUUUGCUGAUGAACUCUUGCUAAUUGUGAUUUGGGUGUUGAGAUAAAUAAGUUUUAUCAAGUGAAAUUUUUUCGAUUUAUUUAAAUUAAAAUGAAGGAUAAAAACCAGACAGAAAGCGCGGGGAGCUUCAAUCCCUGUACCCAGAGCAUGAUGGAUCCAGGUGAAGAAAUCGUAAUUUCCGGUAUUGCUGGAAGGUUCCCGGAGUCUGAUAAUAUGAGACAUUUCCAGGAGAACUUGUUCAAUAAAGUCGAUCUUGUGACCGAUGACGAUCGUCGUUGGAAAUUGGAUCAUCCGGAAAUACCCCAACGUACGGGAAAAAUAAAUAACGUGGGUAAAUUCGACGCGCUCUUUUUUGGCGUUCAUUUUAAACAGGCGCAUACUAUGGAUCCCAUGUGCAGAAUGUUGAUGGAGCAUGCGUUUGAAGCUAUUGUUGAUGCUGGUGUCAAUCCGAGACAUUUGAGAGGAACUAGGACAGGCGUUUUUAUUGGCGCUUGUUUCUCUGAGUCGGAAAAAACUUGGUUUUAUGAAAAGCUUCAGGUCAAUGGAUUUGGAAUUACUGGAUGUAGUAGAGCUAUGCUGGCAAAUCGUCUUUCCUACUGGCUGGGAGUAACAGGUCCUAGUUAUACUGUUGAUUCUGCUUGUAGUUCAAGUCUCUUUGCUAUGGAACACGCGUACAGAGCGAUACGCAAUGGACAGUGUGAUGCUGCGCUUGUCGGAGGCGCUAACUUGUGCCUUCAUCCAUAUGUGUCUCUUCAGUUCUCUCGUCUUGGUGUCCUGUCUGCUGACGGGCGUUGCAAAUCGUUUGAUGCUGACGCUAACGGGUACACUAGGAGUGAAACUGUGAGUAUCGCUUUCCUGCAGAAAGCCAAAGACGCAAAACGUAUUUACGCGACGGUUAUUCAUGGCAAAACCAACUGCGAUGGGUUCAAAGAGCAAGGCAUCACUUUUCCGUCAAGUGUUAUGCAGAGUGUGCUGUUGAAAGAAUUUUAUGACGAGUGUAAAAUCCCACCAAGUAUUGUAAAUUAUAUCGAAGCUCAUGGAACUGGUACCAAAGUCGGUGAUCCGGAAGAAGUCAAUGCUAUUGAUACUGUUUUUUGUCCUGGGCGCAAAGAGCCGCUAAGGAUCGGAUCAAUUAAGUCUAAUUUGGGUCAUGCCGAACCUGCGAGUGGAAUGUGUUCUAUUGCCAAAGUUGUGAUUGCUAAUGAAUCGGGUAUCAUACCGCCUAAUCUUCAUUACAAGAGACCUCGUGAAGGAGUAAAGGCACUCGAAGAAGGCCGGGUAAAAGUUAUUACGGAGCCAACGCCUUGGGAAGGCGGAUACGUAGGUGUGAGUUCUUUCGGCUUUGGAGGAGCUAACGCUCAUAUUUUACUCAAGUCCAAUCCUAUUGAUAAGAUCAAUGGAGGUGCUCCGAAUGAUGAUUUGCCGAGGCUGGUUGUGGUUUCUGGUCGAACUGAAGCAGCUGUUGAAGCUCUGCUUCAUGAUGUGGAAAGCAGACCACUUGACGUUGAAUACGUACGCCUGCUUCAAGAUAUUCAUUCAGAAGAUAUUCCUGGACAUUUAUACAGAGGCUACACUAUCUUAAGUAAACAUACCACUCAGGAGAACCGAAUCAGAGAUAUCGAGCACUACCCAGGUGCCAAGAGACCUAUUUGGUUUGUCUUCUCCGGCAUGGGGUCGCAGUGGCCGGGUAUGGGUACUGCUCUCCUACGGUUCCCUAUUUUUGCUCAAGCUGUAAAAAAAUGUGACGCCGUAUUGAAACCUCGUGGUGUUGAUAUUUACGAUAUUUUGACAAAUCCAAAUAAAUCAACCUUUGACAAUAUUUUGAAUUCCUUUGUUGGAAUCGCUGCUGUCCAAAUAGGUCUCGUUGAUCUUCUCACAUCACUGGGUAUCGUUCCUGACCGUAUAAUCGGACACUCUGUCGGAGAACUUGGUUGCGCUUACGCUGAUGGCUGCUUCACUGCCGAGCAAAUGGUUCUGGCAGCUUACUCACGUGGUCUGGCUUCUAUUGAGACCAAAACUAUCUUCGGUUCUAUGGCCGCUGUAGGAUUGGGCUACGAAGACAUCAAAGAUCUCUGCCCACCUGACAUUGAAGUUGCUUGUCACAAUGGCCCUGAAAGUUCAACUAUAAGUGGACCCGCAGAAUCUAUGAAGGCCUUUGUAGCUAAGCUCCAAUCGAACAAAAUCUUUGCCCGAGAGGUUCCUUGCAGUAAUAUCGCUUAUCACAGCCGUUACAUCGCCGAAGCCGGGCCAAAACUAAUGAAAUAUUUAAAAGAAGUAAUUCCCGAUCCUAAACCAAGAAGUCCCAAGUGGUUGAGUACUUCAGUGCCACGUAGUCAAUGGUCUACACCUCAAGCUCGGCUGUCAUCAGCAGAAUAUCAUACCAACAAUCUCCUGAAUGCUGUCUUGUUUGAAGAAACUGCAGUCUUGAUUCCUAAAGAUGCUGUGACAAUUGAAAUCGCGCCUCACGGACUACUUCAAGCCAUCCUACGACGAUCUCUCAGCCCCAGUGUCACCAACAUCCCUCUGACUCAGCGUGGGCACAAAGAUAACGUUGAAGUUUUCCUUCAGGCAAUCGGCAAAGUCUAUGACGUUGGAUAUCAGCCACAAAUCGCUAAUAUCUAUCCUGAGGUCCAGUAUCCAGUGUCUCGUGGAACUCCUAUGAUCUCUCCUCUGAUAAAAUGGGAACACGCGGACGACUGGUAUGUCACGUCAUAUAGAAUGCAAGAAAAAAUAACUUCAGGAGAACGGACUGUUGAAGUGACAUUGAGCGACGAAGACUACGAGUACAUGUCGGGCCACGUGAUCGAUGGAAGAAAUCUCUUUCCCGCCACUGGAUACCUUGCACUUGUUUGGGAAACUAUUGGUAUGAUGAAAGGCGAAUUGUAUACCGAAGUGUCUGUUGUCUUUGAUGAUGUCAAGUUCCUUCGGGCUACGACUAUUCCCAAAGAAGGUAUCGUAGAAGUAACAUUGAUGGUUCAGAAGGGUACAGGUAGAUUUGAAGUAGUCGAGGGAGGUGUUGCUGUCGUCACUGGAUACGUGCAUUACACUACCAAGCCAUCAUUAGCUAAGAUGAAUCCACCGGUGCCUGAAGAUCAAGAAGAAGAAGAAAUGUCCAGCAGAGAUGUCUACAAAGAACUCCGACUCCGCGGAUACCAUUACAGCGGUCUUUUCCGGGGAAUCAAAAGUGCAUCGACGACUGGUCAGCGCGGAAAAAUAGCUUGGGCAAAUAAUUGGGUCGCGUUCAUGGACAAUAUGUUGCAAAUGCAAAUACUUGAAAUGGAUUCGCGAGGACUAUUCGUUCCUACUGGCAUCCAAAGACUUGUCAUUGACACUAAAACGCACUUAAAUCAAAUUCGUGCAAUGCCUGAUGAUGUAAAAGAGUUUCCAAUUUAUAGAUACAAGACAUUAGAUUUGAUCGUAGCGGGAGGAGUAGAAAUCCGAGGGCUAAAAGCUAGUGCUAUUGGUCGAAGGAAACCUGCUGGUGAACCUGUUCUCGAGUCUUAUCGAUUCGUCGCUCACCGAGAUCAGGCAGAAAUUUCUUUGCAGGAAGCUGUGCGUCUAGCGACUCACUUAGCUUUAGAAAAUUACCUGGGAGUUAAAGUUAAGACUCUAGAGAAUUUGGAAGCUGAUGAAAAGUACCCGGUUGAAGAUUUAUUCACUCCGAUUGUCCAAGAAGUUCUUGGUGACAUACCUCUUAUUCAAGCAGAUUUGAAUAUUCUCGCUCACGGGAAUCCCUUCGAAGAGGACAAGCUACCCGCGAAUAUCAACGUAACUGAAGCUAAGAAGCUGCCACCAGACACCAAUGCCAUGAUUCUGACCGGUCGUGGUCUUUUAACAAAAGAAAAGAGUGGAUCGCUCUCACAACUGCUGUUUGCUCUCAAAGAUGGAGGGUUCGUACUAACUCUUGAAUCAAGAACUAUAAGCGAUUUAUCUGCCGCAGCUAAGAAACACAAUCUUGAUAUUAUUCUAGAGAAGCUCGUCAAUAAUUCGCUAUGUAUACUUUUGAGAAAACGGGACAAGCUACCGAAGAAAUCAGUAGUUGUGAGAGUCGACAACGAUUCGUUCGCUUGGGUCGAUGAACUGAAGUCCGUUCUAGAAAAAGAAAAAGAACGAGAAUUCAGCGGCAGCAGCCGCGUCAUUUUAGUGAGCGAGAAGAGUUUCGAAAGCGGACUUUUGGGACUGGUGAACUGUCUACGUAAAGAGCCAGGUGGUGAAGUGAUAAGAGGGGUACUGGUUCAGGAUGAGAAAGCGCCAGACUUCUCUCUCACAUCAGCAUUGUAUGCGGACCAACUCAAGCUGGACCUCGCCCUUAAUGUUCUUCGACCCAACAAGACUUGGGGUUCUUAUCGCCAUCUUCACUUGCCAGCCCCAGUUCCUCGUCCAGUUAAUCACGCCUGGGCAAAUCAGAUCGUGAGAGGAGACAUGAGCUCAUUCCGCUGGCUCGAAGGACCAAUUCAACCUGGUUUCAGUCAUCCCGAUUUGGUUGAUGUUGUUUACUCAGCAGUGAACUUCCGCGAUAUUAUGGUGGCCAGUGGUAAACUUGCUGCUGAAGUAGUAGCCAAAAAUCGAUUCCUCGAAGAAUGUUGUAUCGGUUUCGAAUACAGUGGAAUCGAUCGUUUUGGAAAACGAGUCAUGGGAUUGGUUCCAGCCCGAGCCCUCACCAAUAAAAUUGUAAUCGAUCGCCAUUUAUCUUGGUACGUUCCUGACGGUUGGACUCUUGAAGAAGCUGCUACGGUACCAUGUGUCUACGCGACAGUGUACAACGCAUUGUACAUAAGCGGUAAGAUGAAGAAGGGCGAUAAAGUUCUCAUUCACGCGGGAUCGGGCGGUACUGGACAAGCAGCAAUUAAUCUGGCGCUCAACGAAGGCUGUGAAAUCUUCACGACUGUCGGUACUCCAGAGAAGCGUAAAUUUAUUCGAGACAAUUUCCCUCAAAUUCCAGAUGAUCAUAUUGGGAACUCGCGUGACACUAGUUUCGAAACAAUGAUAUUGGAAAAAACAAAUGGGCGAGGUGUUGAUAUUGUUCUCAAUUCAUUGGCUGAUGAAAAACUCCAGGCGUCACUUCGGUGUCUAGGAAGUGGAGGAAGGUUCCUAGAAAUCGGAAAAUUUGACAUGGUCAAUGACAGUCAUAUUGGUAUGGCCGCAUUUCUUAAAGAGAUAAGUUUCCACGGAAUACUUUUAGACCUUCUCUUCAACGCUGAAACGGAAAAAAAAAUUGCAUUGAAAAAUAUCUUGCAGAAGGGAUUAGAUAGCGGUGUUAUAAAGCCUCUCGUACGAACAGUUUUCCCGAAAGAAAAUGUUGAAGCUGCAUAUCGAUACAUGGCUGCUGGUAAACAUAUUGGAAAAGUUUUAAUCAAAGUAAUAGACGAAAAAAAUAUUCAGAAUACAAUUUUACCAGCUAUACCUCGUUAUAAUUGUCUGCAGAACUGUAGUUACAUUAUUCUCGGCGGUCUCGGUGGAUUUGGUUUAGAGUUAGCAGACUGGCUAAUACUCCGCGGUGCCCACAAUCUUGUUCUUACUUCACGUUCUGGGUUGAAAAAUGGUUAUCAACGUAUGCGAGUACGUUUAUGGAAAAGCUACGGAGUCAAAAUUGAAAUAAUAACUGGGAAAAAUGCCGCAAAUCAUCAAGAUUGCGAAGACAUUAUAAAAGCAGCAGAAAAUCUGGCGCCAGUUGAUGGAAUAUUUAAUCUCGCAGUUAUUUUGAAAGACGGUUUGAUUGAGAAUCAAACACCUGAUACUUUCAAAGAAUCUUUCACAGCCAAAGCUUGGAGUACCAAAGUUCUGGAUGAAGUAUCGAGAAAAUUCUGCCCGAAUCUCCGACACUUUGUUGUUUUUUCUUCAGUCUCGUGUGGACGUGGUAAUGCCGGACAAACAAACUACGGUAUGUCCAACUCUAUUAUGGAAAGAAUCUGCGAGAAACGAGUCGCCCAAGGUUUUCCAGCUUUGGCUGUCCAAUGGGGAGCUGUUGGAGACGUAGGUCUGGUUGCUGACAUGCAAGAAGACAAUAAAGAACUUGUAAUCGGUGGAACUCUGCAGCAAAAAAUAACAUCGUGCCUUCAAGAACUCAACUAUUUCCUCACACAAAACAAUCCAAUCGUUUCUAGUAUGGUUGUGGCUGAGAAACGAGCAGGCGGAGCUGGAUCACUCAAUAUCGUUGAUACAGUACUCAAUAUCAUGGGCGUGAAAGAUUUAAAAACUGUGAGUCAUCACACAUCUCUAGCCGAGCUCGGCAUGGACUCAAUGAUGGCCGUUGAAAUAAAACAGUCAUUAGAACGUGAGUUUGAGAUUUACCUCACCGCUCAAGACAUUCGAGGACUCAAUUUCGCCAAGUUGAUAGAGAUGAACUCGAAAGAUCUCGAAAAGAAAUCAAUGAAUCGAUCAUCUAAUACUGAUACAGAAACACUAACAGGAAUGAAAUUGUUCGUCCGAUUACUCGGCGAGGAAAAUGAGUUUUCCGAGAUUUGUAUGAAAUUACAGACCAGGGAAGAAGCCGGUAGACACGAAGUAUUUCUCAUACCAGGUAUCGAAGGUUGUGGAUCCGUAUUCUUCAACCUCGCCAGCAAAAUCAAGUCACCAGCAACCUGUUUGCAAUUAGACAACACCAAUACCGAAUACUUAUCAAUUUUCGAUAUGGCCAACCAAUUAUUACCCCACCUCCUGAAACGAAACGAAGGUCGCAGAGAUUUCGUAAUCGCAGGAUACUCAUUCGGAUCUCUCGUGGCUAUCGAACUAGCCAGAAAAUUAGAAGCUCAAGGUUUAACUGGUAGACUAGUACUAAUUGACGGCUCACCUGAUCUCAUGAAGGCCAUCAAAGAACAGCAAUUGUCAUCAUCUAGCGAUGAAGAACUAGCAACGAAUGUUCUCGUCGGCAUUAUCGAUUUGAUUGCGCCGUCACUGAGUGGAGAGCUUUUCAUGGAGUUACAAAAAUGCGAUUCCUUCAAGUCAAAACUUGAUGCGUUCAUGGCCCGGGUACCAACGGAGUCAUUGUCAAUAUCUCGUGAGAAUCAGCGCAAUAUUUGUGCGGCAGUUUACAAUCGUUUGAUUGCCCUGCAGAAUUAUGACACCUCAAAUUUACCACCUCUGCGUUCGUCUAUUAUACUUCUAAAACCGUCAAUGCCGACGCUUAAAUCCGUCAGUGGGGAUUACGGCCUCAGUAGUAUUACUCGCGAGAAAGUUGAAGUUCAUGUUAUUGACGGCAAUCAUGUGACGAUAUUAGACGAAGCUAAAAUAGCGACUGCAAUAAAUGGCGAACCGCUUGAAGACGCAGAAGCUUUCAAAGCUAGAAUUAUGGAAGAUGGCAAAAUUCUAGCUCCAAUUUCAGAUCCACACUACAGUAGAGCUUAAUUUAAUUUAGUUAAUAAUUCAUAUUUUCACAAAUUUAUAUUAUAAUUACUUAAUACUCUUAUUUUUAAAUGAAAUUGUUUUUUUUUUUCUAACAUUAAUUAAUGCAAUGCGGAGUAAUAAUUACAAUAUCAUGUUACAUUGAUUUUGGAUGAAGACACAUUUAUUGUAUAUACAUUAGUUCAAAUUUUUGUAACCCAUUUACCAAUUAAUCUACCUAAUAAAUUUUAAUCCCACUUAUGAUGUCCACACAAAAGUUUAUUGAUUUAAUAA